AUGAUCGGUACGAGCGUUUCCCUCAAGGUUGCCGGAGCUGGUGUGUCUCUCGACAUCAAGGGCAACACUGUUGAACAUAUCGCAAACCAAUGGGAGUUCGCAUCCAACGUCAACUUUAAUGCCUUUGUUGGAUUCGGGAAGUUCAAGAAGACGUGGGAGAACCAUUGGGAGUUGUGGCACGCCGGUCCUGUCAAGUUCUGA